AUGAAUUAUUCAAUCACAAUCCUAUAUUAAGUAUUGACAACCAGUUCAGGAAAAGUAUUUUUAAUUGAAGAGAAAAGCUAUAAUACUUCAAUCAAAUAUUAUGCAUUUUAAUUUUAGUAAAAAGAAACUAUUGAAAAAUAAUUUUUGGAAUAAACAAAAACUCUUGCAAAAUCAAAAUAUUAGCAUUUAUUUAGAAAAUAUUAAAAGAUGCUUUUAAAUAGUUAAUAUACUAAAUAAGAAUUAUAUUUAUUUGAUUAUUAUGAAGAAAGUUAAUUUUUAGAUUUAAAAGUGUUGGAUUAUGGAAAAAAUAAAAAAUCUUUUGAAUAUUCAGAAAUUAAAUAAUAUCUUAAAUAAUUGCUAUUAGCCUUAUAUGAAUUACAUAAAAGUGAUAUGCCUGGAAGAGUUUUUUCAGUUUAUAAUAUAUUAGUUAUUUAACCAACUGAAAAGCUUGUUUUAAUGGAUUUUGGAUUUGAACCAGAAAUUUAAUAAGAUUAAUUAGAUAUAUUGGCACCACCUGAAUAUUUAGAAGAAAUAAUUAAUCAAAGUAUUAUUUUUAUAUAUUUAAGAAUAAAAAAAAAAUUAUUUUGACUUAAAAUUUGAUUCUUGGUUGGUUGGAGCAUUUUUGUAUCAUUUAAUAAAAUUCAAAUCAAUAAAUUAGAUUGAAGUAAGUAAAAAUAAUUAUGAACGACUUAAAUAUGAUAAAAAAGAAAAAUUUUAUGAAUAUUUAUCAAAGAUUUAGUUUAUUCCUUGUUAGACUUAAAGAUACAAAGAAUCUCUACUCUCUUUUGUCUAAGCUUUACUUACUUGUGAUCCAAACAAAAGAUUAUCAUUUUAUGAAAUUUAUCAACAUAAAUACAUUUAAGAACUUAAUAUUGAAGGAGUAUAAUAAUGUAUUGAAUUUUAUAAGAAAUGUGAAUAGAUUAAAGAUCCAUUAAAUGAUGUAUUUAUAACAAAAGAAUUUAAACCAGGCUCUACAAAUUUAAACCCACCAGAUGCUAAAAAAAAAAUACAAAUAACAGAAACAACUAUUGAUUAAAUUAACUUAAAUUGUCUUGAUUAUUUGAAUAUUAUUAUGAAAACACCUUAAUUUUCAAACCAGAAAUUUUAAGACUAUUGGCUCUAAAUUUAAUUAGAUUGUUUGAGAUGCUAUAUAUUAGCAAAUACAGCUGAUAAAAUUUAAACCAUUUUUNAGAAUAUAUAAAAAUACCCAGGAGAUUGA